AUGAGUCCGCCGCAGAGGUACUCGUUCGUCAAUGCACGACCCCAGACCAAGGCCGAAAAGCGGCAGACUCGGACGGCGAUCCGCUCGCACAUCGGACGAUGGACCCAGGAAAACCAGCAGAAGAUCGAGGGCACAAAAAGUGCCGCGGGGGCCAGUGCGAGUGCGAGUGCAAGUGAGAGAAGCUCACCGGAAUUAUCGCGGACAGACUCCCUCUCCCCGGCCGAGUCGGCUCAGUCGCGAUCGCAGCGUCGUCCUUCCCGAGUAAAAGUGGCAAAGGCGGGUGAUACCGACAGUUCAAGCAGCACAAGCAAUGUCGAUCAGGACAGCACGAGCGACGAUGUUGACGACGACACUGGACUCACUGUCACCGCCCCGUCCCAUCUUCACCAAGGGCUCUCUCCCGCCGCGGCCGGCCCCUCCCGCCGUCCUUAUGUUCAAGUGUUGGGGUCCGCAGUACUGGACCCCUUCCAGACCUAUCCUUCGACAUUCCCUUCGACGCUGAUAUCUCAAUGUCAUGAAUAUUCAUUGCAGGUCGUUUGGCCCGGUUUGACGCCCCGACCUCUCAGUGGCUCCGAAUCGGCUGCCAUCAAAGGCUGGUUCCCAAUGGCGCUCAACGAUCCCGUUGCGCUGCACUCACUCUUGUUCGGGGCGCUCAGCCACAAGAGACUUAACCUUUUAGGUGGCGCCGUCAGCCCGGACGACCCUGCCGUGACUCAUCUGGAAAGGGAUAUGCGGCGCUGCGAGGCUGAGACCAUCACUCUGAUCAACAAGGCCCUUCGUGAUCCAAACAACGCCAUAACCGAUGCAGUAAUAGUUUCGGUCCUGGCAAUGGCUACAAACGCCUGGGAUUUGACCCUCCAGCGCUUCCAGACGCAACCUGCCACUCAGCCUGUAUUUGACCCUUUGUUGAAAAGUCUUCAGUGGCUGGAUGUCUAUGGCCUUCUCAGCGCCCAUCCCGUCCAUGCGGCUGGCCUGGUCCAGUUGGUCGCACUGAGGGGUGGCCUAAAAAAUAUCGAGACCACUGGUCUGGCUGCUAUUAUAUCAUAUUCGGGAGUUAUUCAGGCCAGCCGGACAUUAACUCAACCCGUCUUUCCUUUUGUGCCGCUGACCGACGACGGCGAUCGAACGGCAACGCUCUGGGGAAUGUUGGGCAUGCGCCCAAGUGAGCUUCGGGACGAGUUUACCUAUAGCAGUCUGUUUGACCUGGGACUCACGACUGACCUUGCCGUGGUGUGGGUCGCCAUGCAGCGAUACGAACACGGCGUUGAAAUGUUUGUCGACGGCGCCCUUCCCGACCUGGAUCUGGCGCGUCUGUGCGACCGGCGCAACCUCAUCCAACACACUCUUUUAUCCCUACCCUCACACAUAGACUUACCAUCAGCUGCUCGUUCACAACCCAUCUACGAACCAACCCGCCUUGCCAUCCUGAUAUACUCUCUCACCGUGAUCUUCCCGAUCCCCGCGCAAACCGCUCCAAUAACCAUCUUAACUCGACAACUUAAAACUGCACUUCGAGAGUCCGAUAUGCGCUCCAGCUGGUCAUCGUCACAUCAAGCUCAGCGUCUUUUGAUGUGGAUUCUCGUCAUCGGGGGUGUCGCCGCCAGAGACGUCCCGGAGGAGCGGCUGUGGUUUAUUGCCGCGCUGGGAAGACUGUCUGCCCAGCUCGGAAUCAAGAGGUUUGAAGAUCUGAAGAAAACGGUUUUAAAGCGCAUCCUGUGGCUGGACCGGGCGUGUGACGACGCAGGGAAAAGGCUGUGGGCGGAAAUUUUGGAACUUGGUGGUUGA